AAUUCAUCGACCCACACAAGGAACGAGCGACGUUCCGAAAGUUCAUCAUCAUGCUAUCUAAUUCUGUCCUCCAGAGGCUAGCAAGCUGGUGCCCGUGGCUUCUCAGAGAUGAGCCGAAGCUGAAGCAGCCUGUCAAGGUUCUCGUCACCGGCGCCGCGGGGCAGAUCGGGUACGCCAUUGUCUCCAUGAUCGCGAGGGGCCUGAUGCUCGGGCCGGACCAGCCGGUGGUGCUCCACAUGCUGGACAUCCCGCGCAUGGCGGACGCCCUGAACGGCGUCAGGAUGGAGCUGGUCGAUGCCGCCCUGCCUCUUCUCAGAGGUGUCGUGGCGACGACCGACGAGGCCGAAGCGUUCCAGGGCGUUAACUUCGCCGUCCUGAUCGGUGGAUGGCCGAGGAAAGAAGGGAUGGAGAGGAAGGACCUGAUCGCCAAGAACGUCGCCAUCUACAAGUCCCAGGCCUCGGCGCUGCAGCAGCAUGCCGCGCCAAACUGCAAGGUCCUGGUGGUGGCCAACCCUGCGAACACGAACGCGCUCAUGCUGAAGGAGUUCGCGCCGGCGGUGCCCGCCAGGAACAUCACCUGCCUGACGCGGCUCGACCACAACCGCGCCCUGGGCCAGAUCGCCGAGAAGCUGGGCGUGCACGUCGGCGACGUCAGGAACGCCGUCGUGUGGGGGAACCACUCCUCCACGCAGUUCCCCGACGGCAGCCACGCCACGGCCAGGACCGAGCACGGGGAGAAGCCCGUCAGGGAGCUCGUCGCCGACGAGAAAUGGUUGAGGGAGGAGUUCGUCGGCACCGUGCAGCAGCGCGGCGCGGCGGUAAUCAAGGCGCGGAAGCAGUCGAGCUCGCUGUCCGCCGCCAGCGCGGCCUGCGACCACAUGAGAGACUGGAUCCUCGGCACGCCAAAGGGUAUGUGGGUGUCCAUGGGCGUGUACUCUGACGGGAGCUAUGGCGUCCCAGAGGGCAUCUUCUACUCGUUCCCGGUGACGUGCGAGAAGGGAGAGUGGUCUAUCGUGCAGGGCCUUCAGGUUGAUGACUUUGCACGAUCCAAGAUGGAGCUUUCGGCGAACGAACUCGACGAAGAGAGGUCCAUGGCUUACGAGUUUGUCAGCACUUAAAGAGAUCGGUAGAUCCCUUGUGUAUACAGAAUCAGAAUGUAGACGAAAAUGAUCAGGAGCUUCGGACCAUUGUUGCAUAACCACCAAUAAAACAGACAACAACGAAAUGUAGCGUAUCAAUCACAAAUACUGCUUUCGAUAAACAAUACUGGCCUGUCCUAGCUGAUAUAUGACAAUCGAGUAACAAGAACACACUGCAGUUAUCUUCUAA